AACUCUUACUGUGCAGUUAGCUCAGCAGCAGUCAUGCCAUGGAGCACGCUAUGGAAAUCUAUAGAUCUUCCUUAGAACAACCGGAGCUCUAAUCAUGCCAAUAAAGUCAGUUGGAGAAGAUGAAUGAAACAGGACUUCGGAGAACCCUCCCUGACCAGUCAUCAGGUAGCGGACAUACCUUCGAAACUUCCCAUCACACGAGUGUCACCAGUACUAUUCUGUCAAAGCGGGUCUGCUUCUACAAAAGUGGGGAUCCACAAUUCAAUGGCCUUCGAGUGGUCAUAAACAACCGCACCUUUAAAACAUUCGAUGCGCUUCUGGACAGUCUUUCCAAAAAAGUCCCCCUGCCUUUUGGGGUGCGUAACAUAACGACUCCUCGGGGGAUUCAUGGCAUCAAAGCGCUAGAUGAUUUUGAGGAUGGGAAAUCCUACAUCUGUUCUGACAGCAGGAAAGUCAAGCCAAUCGAUCUGGCCUUGGCCCGGAAGAGGCUGCCACCGUGGUACCAUGCAAGACCUGUUAGUCCUAAUCGCAAGACAGCCAGGUUUUUUCCAGGCCGGAAAAAUCUCCACAGAGAAGAGCAAGGGAUUGUUCAUACACCCAAAAAGCUGGUUGUGUUUCGCAACGGAGACCCCUCUGUAAGGCAUGCUGUUUUGCUACAGAGGAAGACUACGCCGAGUUAUGAGUCUAUCCUGAGACACAUCUCAGAACUCAUGCAGUUCCACGUCAACAAACUACAUACUCUGGAUGGCCGAAGGAUUGAUGGUCUUCCAGGUUUGAUUCUGUGCUCUGGAAGUGUGGUUGCCGUGGGCAGGGAACCUUUCAGGCAUGUCGUAUACAGCAUGGAGAAAUAUCCAAGUCCAACAAGGCAACACACCAAGCGAAGGGUUUCAAAAAAACAAAAGACUUCAGUCUCAAAGAAAAUGACACCUUCAUUUUCUUCAAAGUCAAGAAAUUUCUCUGCAUCAUCAGAGAGGUACAUCGUCCAACAGAUUCAUGCCAGCAUGGGCGAGAGCUCCUGUGACCUGCCCAGUAACGCCGCUAAUUCCAUCGAGUCAGACUCAGAUCGAAUACUGGAGUCCUUGGCAGAAACAGACGAGGACAUCUGUCUCGGCAAUGGCGGUAAUGAGGGACAGGACGGCGAUCUUCCGAAUGACGACAACAUUGAGAAGUCCUUUCGGGUAAAUGAGGACGGCAGUAUGACAGUGGAGAUGAAAGUGCGGCUGACAAUUAAAGAGGAGGAAUCUGUUCAGUGGACAACCACCUUGACACGGUCAGUUGUAGCUGAUCAGCUUAACAUGUCGUCUUUGCCACAUUCUGACCCAGAGCAGGAGGUUUGCUCAAGAAAUUCACAAACUUCUGCAGCUUCCAAUGACAUUAUCCAUAAAGACAGAACCAGUGAUGACAAUGACGAUGAUCCACCAUCUCUUGGAAACAGAGCUUCUAGUGAUAAUUUUCAGGAUGAGGAUGAUCUUAAAAACCACACAGAAGUGUUGCUCCCAAGGAGAGAACCUACUCCAGGAUGCAAGAGAAUAAGAGAAAGCCAAGCUUCUGUGGAUAGCAUUAAAUCUGUAGAUGAGGAUGAUUUUGGAGAAGGAAAGGUGGGUUCUUGUUUCCUCGAAGAACAGACAGAGAACGUGACAACAAAAGAGCAGUUCUACAUGGAGAAUCAGACCAGCACAAAACCAGUUCCUAAACCAAGACGACUUGGUUCUGUGGAUGUUAUCAACAGGGACAGUUCUGCAUUAAAAUCCACUGAAAUUAUGCAGACUGAAUCCAGCGGAGAUGAGGUUACUGAAACAGUCUUGCACAUAUAUGAACAACACACAUAUCAGGAUAAUUUUCUUGCAAAUGUUGGUGUUCACAGUAUGUCUGCUUCUGGAGUUACUUCACAAAACAGGCAAAAUUGUUCUUCUAAUGAAUUUGAAGCUGAACUUUGGCCUUCGCCGGCUUUUGAGCCAGAUAGUGGAUGGAGAGCUGAUAGCAUGUCUGUAACACCAGGUUUACAAUUGGCCUCCCUAAACAUUGGUGCAAUUCAAGGACCAAAAAGAGAACAGCUACCAAAAUCUAAAAAAAGCCAAGUCAAGCCAGGAGACAAUGAAUCAAAGAAAGAUCUGAGGGUUUCCUCAAAGCCAAAAUUGACUAGAAAAAAUGUCCAACGGGAUAUGACACCAGGUAAAGGACAAAGGAAGAGUUCAGGAAAGGCUACUGAGAAACGUAAAAAAUUAAAACCAUUCUCCAGUGCAGUGUUCAUUAAGAGAAUUUAUGGAAACAAAACUAAGCCCCCAAAAAAGAUCAAAAGGAAAGUAAAACAAACUUGGAAAAGCUUACCAAAGCGAUUCGCUAAUAAUGUUAAUGGUCAAUUAUCUUUAAAAGAAGAGACCAGCAAGCAAAUCUUAACAGAAACAAGCUCUCCACAAAUAGUACAGAUAUGGCAGAGUAAAAACGAGUCCUUGCAUGUUAUUAAAGACAGGCCAUUGCUACCAAUUAAUAAUCCUCCUAACUUUGAUAAAGAGUAUGUGGAGCAUGGGCCCGAGAAGGGACAUUCAAACCCAAUAUCAAACCAAAAAAAAGAAAGCAAAAGAAUGGACAGAUUUAUUCCUGCACAAGUAGGAAGAACUUUAGAGGAGACCUCAAAAAACAGCAAAAGUUCUGAACUUUCUACCCUGGAAAAUGUGAUCUCCCCAUCAGUUAAGCUGAGAGUACAGUCUUUUGAAAACAAAUCAAUGCCUGCAGUCACAUCACAAAAUGGCCAGGAUGCUACACAAGCUAAGCCACCCCUAAAUGUGAUCUACUCAAAAAUGAUCCCACCGACAACUGAAUCAACUGAAGAGGGAAAUAUUACAAUGUCUAUUGAUUUACCACCACCACCGCCCAAACUACUUGAUACUGAAGAUUUCACAAAUGAAUCUAAAUGUCUAAGUGGUAGCCUUAUCAGCAGCCAGGGACUAGAUAAUUGUCCCCAAAGUAGGACUCCUACAUCUGACAAGGCCUUAUCUUACAAUUAUAACACAACUGAAAAAAUAAAAUCUGCUUUAACCAAGAAUGCCCCGGCUAAAAAGGGGGUAGAAAUAGCCAGAGCUCCAUCCAUUAAAGAGACUCAUUUGGUCAGUAAUCACUCUCCAGAAACAAAAAUGUCACCCAAAAUGGAACCUCUGAAUGAACCAGCUUUGGAUAACUAUGCUACUGAAGAGGAAACAGUAUUGUCAGUUCCCACCAUCAGCAAUGGAAGGAAGGAAAUCUGCUCAACAGUGACAGCAAAAAAGGUUACAGCCACAUCUGAAGAGAUCCCUCAACCCACCUUAGAGCGGGGCAUUCCAUCAUUUUGUACUUCUGUGUCUCCACUUAGUUUAACCUCUGAUGAAAGAAUGUCGUCUUCCAGUAUUAUAUCAAGUGAAACCUCAGUUUUGGGAAGUAUUGAGUUUGAAGAAACAAAAAUAUCUGAUAUGCCCAAAAUCGAAGAAAAAUCACCUAAGAGUUUGGCAAAAAAAGCCAAAUUGAAAAGCAGUCCAUCUCCAGAGAGGAAGAUGCAGAGCAAAAACUCCUCUGAACUCCAAAAUACGUCAACAAAAAAUUCAGCAGAGACUAGACACAUUGUGGACAAAGACAAUCUUUCACAAAAAGGACUACAAAAACCUGAAAAACCCAAAGUAAGUCCGUCAGCGGAGACAAAACACCAUGAACUUCAGAGACCUUCCCCAUAUUCUCAGUCUCUAGAUGUGGUGUCACCACCUAGUAGGCACAAGUCCAGCAAAAAGCUUCUUCCAAGAAAUGUCUCUUUGGACAGCCCGUUACAAUCAAAGAAUGGAAAACUUAAGAAAUCAUCCCAAAGAGAAGGCCACCAACCAGCCCUGCUGAAAGCUGAUAUCAGUGGUGACACUGAGGCUGUGGCAGGAGAUCAAGUUAUAUCUGUGAUGCCAGAGCCAAUACAUUCAGUGGAUCAGCCUAACAUGAAGCCAGUCCUUGAGAAGAUCUGCUACUCAAUAAAAUCAAUACGACAAAUUACUCAGAGUAAGCGUCCAUCCUGUUUGGAAAAGUCCAACAGCUUACCCGACUUUUCCUCUCAUGUGGCCUCAACGUUUGGCUCUUCAUCCAAGGUUCUUCUUGCUUUCCUUGCAGUUAUGACCCUAAAAGAUGGCUUGGCAAACCUGAAUAUGAAAGAGCUGAAUGCAUACAACGUCAGCUGUGCUGAAGCUUUAAAAAUGAUUGAUUCCCUCCGAGAAAUUGCCAACAUAGAAGACUCUCAAAGAUUGAGAAUCAGUUUGUCCAAUUUACAAAAGUCUGCUUCAAUGCAGCUCCUCCAAAGCUGGAAGGGUUUCCAGGACAAAAGCACAAACCUUAUUUCUUCAGAGGCUGCCCCUGAAUUUGAUUGUGGCAUUGGAGAAAAUGUUAUUGACCAGAUAAUAGAUAAUUUAGACAUUCCCAAAAGGCUAAAGGAUGAACUGGUUUCGCUUUCCGACGGUGAGAGUGACAGACGAGGAAAGAGACAUUCUAGCAGACUGAAGCUGUUGGCAGACCAACUAAUUCAUGAAAACACUGGCGAAGACACUGUUACUCAUGAUGAAAAAGAUAAUAGUGGUGUCAGGUCUAUUGUGAAACAAAUACCUGACAUUAAAAAGCCAGCACAACCAGAAUUGGACAGUACUCCUCUGUUUUCUGAGGCAGGAAAAUACAAAACAACAAGGCAAGUAAUAGAAGACAAGGGCUGCAAGAAUUGGUUGAAUUCUGUCGCUGAUUCAGAAUAUAAUCCAGAAGAAAAGAAGACUUUCAACAUAAUGUCUCUAGACUUGCAGACAUGUACAGAUGAGGCACAAGAUAAUCCGGAAAAGCAAAAACAGCACCAGAGGGCAUGUUUGUUUGAGAAAUUACCACAAAAAGGUGCAGAAAGUGUAGACCUGUACAGCAGGAUAGAACCCGCAAAACAAGAGACGUAUAUGGAUGCUAACCAGUUAACACAAAAUGAGAAAAACACGCUCUACACUGAAAUAAUCAAGGAAGCUAGAUCAGAUCUGGCUGAAGGACACCAGGUGAUUAGAAGUGCCAAUAAAGACUGUUUUAAACAAUAUACAGAAGAGAGAGCGGAAGUAACAGAUCAUGGGACAAAACAAGGGAUCAGUGCAAGUUCUAACUAUUACGCAGAAGUAAAAGUAAAAGGGAAGAAAACAACAUUCAACUCAGACUGCAAAAAUCUGUAUGAUCCGAUAGAAAUCAAAAGUAAAGUGUCACAAAGCCAAAGAGCCAGUAUGGGGCUAAACAUAAGCACUAAUGGCAGUACAGGAAGCUUAAAUGUAGAGGAUCCAUCUUCACUGGAGGAACAGCAAGAAGUUAAUUAUAAAAAACUGCAUGUUAUUAUUGAGGAAAGCUUGUCUGGCAAUGAGAAAGAGGAACCCCUUGAUUAUCUUCCUAAGUUUGCAGAGGAAACAAAAGCAGGUAGAGAUCUGGAGGCUUUGAUCGAGGAGUCUGAGAACGACCAGUUUAGUUCAGAGGAUGAGAUCCAGUAUGCUGCUGAUGAGCUAAAACAGCAAGGUUCUCCUAACCGAGGCUCAGUUGGUGCAUUAGAAAAUCCAGAUUUAUGUAGCUUGAUAACAAAUAAAAGUUUAGGAUAUGGAUUUAGAUCCAAUGUUGAUGAUGACAGUGGCAACGACCACAGCAGUUUUGAGGAACAUAUGUAUGAAGUGCAGCUAAAGGAUGAAGAUAAACAAAAGAGUAACUUAACUGAAGAAGAGUUGAGUUACUAUGAAAAUGACUUUAGCUCUGAGGAGGAAGAAACAAGUAGAGAGAGAAGAUUAAAGCAAAGAACUGCCGAACUCCAGGAAACUCCCCUGAGAGUACAGCUAGAAGAGUUAAACACCAAGGGGAUUGUUGAAAGUCUUAAACAUCAAUCUGAUGAGGUCUUAUCCAAGUCCGUUGCAGAGCGGGUGACUCUUCUGGAAAAGCAGGUGGCUGAAGCCCAGAAACCAAAACCUGCAGCAAAAAGUUCCACAAUCAGGCUUUCCUCUCAAAGAAAGUCUCCUCCUGAAUCCGAGGAUUCCCCUUCUGAGUCACCUGCUUCCGAGAUGCUUAUCUGUACUCGAUCGGCUCCUCAGUCAUCGUUAUCUUUUAGCUACGACUCCAGUGGUGUUAUAACCACAGAGCCCGAGGGAAGCAGAGUCAGAUCCAUCAGGGAAAUGUUUUUAGCAAGGAGCGCCACAGACAUUCAACAGAGAGGCUUCCUGGGCCCAAGCUCAUCCGAGCUGAGGGCAGAGACAUCAGGCAGUGGUGGCUAUCAGUCCCAGACUUCUACUGACCUAUCUGGUAACGAAGACGACUCGCCACGAAAAUCCAUCUCUAAAGGCUUUGUAAGGAGGGCAAUCGAAAUGCUUUAUGGCAAGAAAGACCCCGAACCAGAGGAAGUGAGUGAGAGAUCCCCUUCAGAGCCAGAUCAAAGAAAGAGGGAACCUUCAAGCAUCCUCUCUCCAUUUCACGCAGCUAGAUCUAAGGCAAUGUCAGAGUUCUCCUAUUUUAAUUCCUCUAAUGCUCUAGACAUCUUCAGUGAAGCAACGAGAUGCAUUACGUUCAACGCACAAGUGGGGCCUGGAGACAGUGUUCCUAUUGACAAUGGCCGGUGGCUUCUUAGAGAGAACACACAAAUGAGAAAGUCAGUGUCAGACCCAGUUGGAAUUAACAAAACCUUGACAAACACAUUUUACGAUGAUGGAUUUUGUAAGGAUAAAGAGGAGAAGACUCCGUAUUUAUUGUUCAGUUCAAAACCAGAGUUACAAAACGAGACCAAAUCCCAACCUGGAAAGUGCACCUAUUUCUCCCUGCCUCAUGCCAGUGAAUCAGAGGCAUGUCAGGAUGAAAUGAGCGUAAUAAGCAAGGACAGCAAGAACGAGGACAGUGUUGAGGAGACAAAGGAUGCUUCAGAGGACAGCAAAACAUGGACAGAGAGAAACGGAGCCCUGCCAGGAAUAGGUGUUAUAGAUUUUAAGAUGAAGGACAAUAAAGUGCACCCGCUGGUUGAGCUGCCACCCGAUGGUGAGGUGGUGGUGGUACAGCCUGGGAAAGGUCAGGGCGUUAUUAACAGACGGAUUCAAGAACCUGAUGUUUUGGACUUACUGUAUCAUUUUUGUGGUGAGCAUUGUCCCAUACUGUGAGAGCAACAAACUCUCACAUUCAGCUAAAAAUAAAUUGUACACAGGGUUAGAGAUGAAUAUAUUGUCUUCUGUGCCUACAUUAUCAUGUUUUCAUGGCCUUGAAUUUCAACUCACUUCAGCUAACUUUCAUAUAAAACAUUGUGUAAUGGCUACAAAACCUUUACAUUUUUAAGUACAGUCAGUAAUUUGGUUUUUGUCUUUCUCAGUUGAUUUUUUCCUCUUUUUCUCAUCCACUGAGCCCCAAUUUUAUUCAAGUUGUCCAGUUUUCCAGGCAUCUCAUUAAAAUCGGAUUUUGUUUGUUUCAUUUGAUUUUUCAUUUGCUGACUAAAAACACAAAAGGUACAGCUUUUAAGAGUUUGUCAGUUGCUGCUUGGUUUAUCGUAAACAUCAAGAAUUUCCUGUGUAAUCCAGUCAUGCACCAGAGCAGGUCUUUCCCCCUCUAGGUUGCCUGUAAACAAAACAAACAGCCUGAGCAUUACUGUAAUCUCACUUUAAAACUUUAAACAGAUCAAGUCCCUGCAGAUGUCAGAAAAUCAGGGUGAGCUAAGCAGCGCUGCAGGAGCUGGUCAGAAUAGUUGCUGCAGCUCAGGUUUAACUUGGAGCAGUUUCUUUUUUUAAUAAUUACACCAGACUGUAGAAAUGAUCUGUACUGUGGUUGUUGUGUUUUCGAUAGCGUGACCAAAACGUUUAGGACCAAGUGGUCUAUGGUUUACAAUCUGGCAGCUGUAAUGUUCUUUUGUCUUUUUGAGCUAAUGUGUGAGAAUAAAAACUGUGUUUACAAGUAA